AUGGCUACUAAUAAUCCAACCACCUUCUCUUCAUCAUCUCUCCCUCUCCUUCUCACACUAAUCCUUUUAAUCCCGGUCGCGCUCGCCGCCCCUGGUGGCGGCAAGUGGGACCUCCUCCACUCAAACAUCGGCGUCUCCGCCAUGCACAUGCAGCUUCUCAACAACGAUCGUGUCAUCAUAUUCGACCGUACGGAUUUCGGAGCCUCCAACAUUUCCCUUCCGAAUAAUCGGUGCCGCAACAAUCCACGAGACCUAACCCUGAAGAUCGACUGCACGGCCCACUCGGUUGAGUAUGACGUCUCCUCCAACUCCAUUCGUCCUCUAUAUGUUUUCACGGAUGUAUGGUGCUCUUCCGGUGGUGCAAUGCCCGACGGCUCGUUAAUGCAAACCGGAGGAUUCAACGAUGGCGAACGCAACGUGAGAGUUAUCAAACCAUGCUCGGAUAAUUCUUGUGAUUGGCAAGAGUUCGAUAGUGUACUUAGACAGAGGAGGUGGUAUGCCACCAAUCACAUUUUGCCGGAUGGAAGGCAAAUAAUCGUUGGUGGUCGUCGACAAUUCACUUAUGAAUUCUACCCCAAAAGAGUCGGGGCCGACCAGUCGUAUAAUCUGCCAUUCCUUUCGCAGACAAACGAUCCAAGGUCAGAGAACAAUUUGUACCCAUUUGUUUUCUUGAAUGUGGAUGGUAAUUUAUUCAUCUUCGCCAACAAUCGAGCAAUCUUGUUUGAUUACGCAAAUAGUGUGGUCGUGAAAAACUACCCGACCAUUCCGGGUGGGGAUCCGAGGAACUACCCGAGUUCGGGCUCGGCCGUUUUGCUUCCACUUAGGGUAUUCGAAAGAGGUACUAAUAUUUCGGCUGAAGUUUUAGUGUGCGGUGGUGCACCGAGGGGAUCUUUUACUAGUGCGAAUAAUGGAAGUUUCGUUACAGCACUAAAUACUUGUGGGAGGAUCAAAAUAACCGAUUCGAAUCCACAAUGGGUUGUGGAACGAAUGCCAUUGGCUCGAGUCAUGGGUGAUAUGGUGUUACUACCAAAUGGCAACGUCCUCAUCGUUAAUGGAGCUGCUUCGGGCACGUCCGGAUGGGAUUCGGGCCGCAACCCAGUAUUAACACCCGUUAUAUACAGACCUAAUAAUCCAUCGAGGUUAAGAUUCGAAACUCAAUACUCGAGUUCUAGACCUCGUAUGUACCACUCAACCGCAGUUCUUGUUCGUGAUGGGCGCGUCCUAGUCAGCGGAAGCAAUCCCCAUGCGUACUACAAUUUUACGGGUGUGCGUUUCCCCACGGAUGUAACGAUGGAAGCGUUUUCACCGGAUUAUUUAGAUAAACGGUUCGCACGCGUACGCCCUAGAAUCAUUUCUCCGGCUUCUCAUUCUCAACUAGGAUACAGACAACAACUCGUUAUAACUUUUACCGCUCAAGCCAGAUUAAACAAUAAUUUCAUCACGGUAACAAUGGUGGCGCCCCCGUUUUCGACACAUUCGUUUUCCAUGAACCAAAGACUAUUGGUUCUUAACAAUGGAAACAAUAGUAGUGGCAUUGUGACGUCUCUCGGCAGAUCAAGUUAUCGAAUUCGGGUCACGACACCGGGUUCAAGUAUUAUUGCACCUCCCGGCCCGUGGAUCUCGCCCGACUCGCUCCAGUCAGCCAACCCGCCUGCAACCUUAAACCCGGUGGGUCAUCGCCUUUCCACAACUGCUCAUAGGGCCAUUUUCUCGUACAAACACCACAAAAAUCACACUCAAAGUCUCAGGUGCCCGGUCACUCACGGCGGCCAGCACCAGCCGCCGCCCGUCCACUCCGCCGCCGAUUUGAUCCUGACAUAUGAGACGGAUAUGGGUUCACAAGAGAAGGACAAAAGGACCCCCCACCACCAGCCGCUGUUGAGCAGUAUCGUCGUGCGCACCUCCGACAGCGGGGGUCCCGCCACCACUGACUACAGAACCGACGAGCUUCAUUGGGCCCUGGCUCCCCCGUACUCUCGAAGCAGACCAUAUAGAACUCACGCUGGCUCUAUAUCCCCCGUGCGCCGCAAUCGCCGCUUUAGUAGUCCCGGUGGCUUUAAGCCCUCUGACACAAGGGGCCCACCGUUUUCCCGUGGGCCAGUAAACAAGAGAGAACCCCGAGGCAGGUAUCGCGAUUACUCUCCCUCUCCCCCCUACGAACGACAUGUUAAGGAUGAUAUUGGGAGGUUUGGUUCUUCUGCACGUGAGCUUCAGCCGUUGAGAGCCCAGGGGCUGCCUCAUAAAAUUAGCAACAGAAACAAUCCAAACGUGCGGCCGAGGGAAGGGGACUGGAUAUGUGCCGACCCCACGUGCGAGAACCUGAAUUUCGCCAGACGUGACUGCUGCAACAGCUGUGGCAGGCCACGUUUUAGGGCUUACUCCUUUCCGUCUGACAGGGGAUACGUGGGUCAGCCGUUCCCUUCCCGGCCGCAGAUCCCGUUUGUUCGUUCCACUAACGGGGGUGGGUACGGGUCGCCUGCUCGAGGCUGGGGCCCACCGGCAAGAAAUGAGGUCAGGAACGCUGGUUCUCCUCCCAUGGCAAGGGAUUGGGACCAAAGAGGUGGUGACAAGAGGAGAGAGUGGUCCCCUUGGGGGUCGGAUGCUUCUCGUGUUGAUCAUUGUAACAAGAAGAGAGAGUGGUCCCCUUGGGGGUCGGAUGCUUCUCGUGUUGUUAAGGCUAGGAGCCGAUCCCCAGUUAGAGGUUGGCACAGUGAUAUAUACCCGAGUGAGGAACGAGUCGGGCAGCGAGGGCGUGGGAGGGAUGCUUUCUAA